UAUAAUUUAAAUAAUUACUACAAAUCUUGGAUACAUGUUACAUUUAGACCAAUCACUGAUGAGUAUUUUUAAAGUGGGGAUGUGGCGUGAUCUACCAUAAAUGACGUCACAAACUCUGUAAGAUCGAUACGGAAUUUAUUUUUUUUUAUCAACAAUCUGUUAACACGUGUUAUUUAUUAUUAUUAUUGUAACUAUUUGGUAAAAUAUUAUUGUUAUUAUUAUUUAAUAAUAGUAAUAAUAAUAACAAUUGAUAAUGACCCACCGCAAAAUACCCGAAAAAUAAAUUUAUAAACGCGAGUUAUUUAUGUUUUUAAAAAAUUAUGUAUUGAAAAAAUUUUUACUAUAAUUUAUGUUGUUUACAUAUCGGUAAUGUUGGUAACGUUUCUAACAACCGUGAUAUCAUUUGCUAGUACUGGUAAUUGGCGACAUCUUUGAGUGUAAAUGUCAAACUUGAUAAAUUUUUUGAUUGAUUGAUGAAAAGGUCGGUAAUUGAAAACACGUGCCAUGUGGUUUGGUAUUUUUUUUAGUUUAUAAAUUAAUUUAAUAAACGGCUGGCUAUAAUUAGUGUACUAAAAUUAUUAUAAUUAAAUGUGUGAUAAUUUUGAGAAAAUUAUUCAUCAUGGAAAAUGUUACGCAUUUGUGGAAUAUUACAAAAUUUUUGUCUAAACACAAAAACCCACAAGCUAAUGAACUUCGCAAUUAUUAUGUACAAUGCUGUAAAGAAUUAACAAGCGAUGGAGAAUUACCAAAACAAAUUUUUGGUACAAAUACAAUGUGCUCUUAUUGCGGUUCGUUAUGGAAUACAGUAGAUUACAAAGUAAGAUUGAUCCGUGGAAAAUCAAUACCGAAUUCAGUUAAAAAAUUGAUUAAAAAUUCAAAUAAUAAUUUACAAUUGUCAAUGUAUCAAAGUAGACUAGUACGUAAAUGUAUGAAGAAUCGGUUGAAUAAAUUGCUUAUAAUUUGUUCAAAUUGUAAAAAGAAAAAUAAAGUUACGUUAAAUAAACCAGAUCGAUUAAAAAUAGAGAAACUAGAAAUUAUGACUGAUAAAACACCGAAGAAAAAAAAGAAACGGAUUAGAGAUAAAACUGCUGGUUUAUUGAUAAAUACUCCGAAUGUAAAAGAUGAUCAGAGGGUUGGGAUUAAAAAAAUUGACAUUGAUACACCUAAAUUAUUAAAUUCCAAAGAGAAGUAUAAAAGAAGCAGUAAUAUUAAUAAUGCUAACGCAUCCGGGAGUAAGCCGAAGAAAAUAAAUAUUUCAAAAUUGAAGGGAAUAAUCAAUACAUCAAUUACACCGUCCAAAAGAAGUAGUCUUCAUAAUUUUUUAACUGAGCUUGGAUAAUUUAUUUGUAUAGUAUUAUUAUUUUUUGUAUUUUUAUAAGUUAAUGAUGUAAAUAAAAAAAAAUAUUUUUAUCUCUCAA